AUGGCUUCACCGUUUGCGUUUGGGACUCCAGCAUCGAGCGGCGCGGCGAACAACAACACAACAUCUUCGGCACCUGCAUCCGGAGGAAUAUUUGGCUCGGCGGGCGGUAGUGGCGGUGCUACGGCACCCACGUUUGGAUUUGGCACCAGCAAUACAGGCAGCGCACCCAAACCGAGCAGCGUCUUCGGAGCGCCGGCAUCUACAAGUCCCGCGACGCCAUCGGGGGUUUUUGGUGGCGCUUCCACGACACCUGCCCCCGCUAGUGGUAUCUUCGGCGCGAAAUCUGCGACCGGAGCGUCUAGUUUGUUUGGUGGUGGCGGCGCUGCCUCUGCCGCCCCUGCAUCGGGUGGACUGUUUGGCAGUGCGAGCAAUGCCGCAGAAAAGCCCGCCGUAAACAUUUUUGGAAGUGUCGCCUCUACACCGACUACCGCUGCCGGAGGUGGUUUGUUUGGCCAAGCUGUAUCGUCGAGCCAAGGCCAAGCUGCCACUACUACAACUGCUCCUGCGGCUUCAGGAGUAUUUGGCGGCGGUGCUACCGCGACUCCCACGUCAUCUGCUCCUACAUUUGGAAGUAACCUGGCUGUACCAGGCAUGGGUGCGGCUGCUGCUACACCUGCUAAACCCAUGUUUCCACUCUCAUCGACAACUCCCGCUGGCGCCCCGCCUGCUGCUGGCGGCGCUGCGGGCGGGCUUUUUGGUGGUGGUGGUGGUGGUGGAAUGUUUGGAGCAAAGUCCAGCAGCACUGAUGUCGCGGCGACGCCUACUACGACGGCAAGCACCGGGAUUUUUGGCAGUCAAAAGACCGCACCUAGCACCGGAGGUAUCUUCGGUGCUGCGAAGCCCGCUGCUGGUGCACCUUCAUCUGGUCUGUUCGGAAAUGCCGCUGGAGGUACUGCUACUACACAGGCCGCAGCUGCCCCUGCCAUAGGCGCAUCGACCGGAGCCCUCUCUAUGUUUGGCGCCAAACCUGCAGCUGCGUCUACGUCCGCUGCAACUACUCCCACAACCGCGACCGCGCCCCCCAGCUCGGGAAAUCUUUUUGGCGGUGGUGGCACCGCUACCACGACUGCCGCGGCGCCUGCUGCAGCGACAGCAUCAACCGCUGGUGGUUUAUUUGGCGCUAAACCUGCUGCCACCACGGCUGCGGCCCCAGCAGUAACUACCACCGCUGGUGCUGUCUUUGGCGGCGUGAAGCCUGCCACGGCCUCGACACCGACUUCCACCGCCAUACCGGGUUCGACGGCCACGGCCGCUGGCGCCUCUGCCUUGUUUGGUGGAGCUAAGCCAGCUACAGAUACUGCGAAACCCGCCACUCAAACACCGACAAUCGCGGCUUCUACCAGUGCACUUGGUGCCUCUACCACCGGACCACCCUCGCAAAUCGCCCGACUCAAGAACAAGACCAUGGAGGAUAUUGUCACUCGAUGGGCAUCGGACUUGACCAAGUAUAAGAAGGAAUUCAAGGAGCAGGCAACAACGGUGGCUACCUGGGACAGAAACCUGGUGGAAAAUGGUGAAAAGAUCCAGAAACUGUACAUGGACACGUAUGAGGCUGAGCGCGCCAGCCACGAAAUUGAGAGACAGCUCGCUGCGGUGGAAAGCCAACAGGAAGAACUGGAAGCUUGGCUCAGCCGCUAUGAGUCGGAAGUUCAGGAUAUGUUUGCCAAGCAGCUUGGACCCGGCGAGCAUUUGGCGGGGCCGGAUCAAGAACGCGAGCGCACAUACAAGCUGGCUGAGAAGCUCACACAACAGCUGGAUGAAAAGUGUCGCGAUCUGUCCAAGAUGGUCAAGGAGAUCAACGAGAUUUCGGGAACUCUGAGCAAGGGCGCCAAGGCCGAGGACCCGCUGAGCCAAAUCGUGCGCGUUCUCAACGGCCACCUGACACAGCUACAGUGGAUCGACGCCAACGCGACGGCGCUACAAGCCAAGGUGACGUCGGCGCAAAAGACUAACAAUGGCAUGGCCAACAAUUAUGCGGGCGUGGAGAGCGACGCGGCUGAGGGCUUCUAUCGUGCGUACACGGGACGCCGGUGA